GCGGGGCCGACGUUGGAGGGAGCGGGCGCCGUGGUCGUCAGCGGAACAGCAACAGACGCAACACUGAGUUACCUGUAACGCCCGGUUGACAUCGCGACACGCCUGCCUGGAUGGACGGCCAGCGGGGGCAACAAUGAUGGACUGCAUCUGCAGCGGCGGUGUGAACCGAGAUGAUCCUGAGCAGCUCUGCGGCAUGAGACUUAGAUGCAACGACCAGAAAAGUGGUGCAAGAUUCUAACAUGACGCGUCCGAGGACAGCAAAAGAGUUCUUCUACUGGACAAGUGUACUGGUGUUGCUGCUUGUUGGCUGUUUUCAACUAUUCCUGUCGCAACAGUACUUCAGAAAGUUCGGCGGCGGCCCCUGCGACGGGGGCAAUUGCACGUUCGCGCCGCCCGGGGACGAACGAGCCUUGCCGGCCAGCGUGUCCUCGCAGCGCUGGAUUAACCAAAACAGUGUGGACGGACGGCGGCUGGCCAGCGGCACUUCUCCACGUCCAGCACAACUCGUGCCUCUGAACGACCCCGCCCCAGUGAACUUCAGUUCGGCGCCGCUGAACAGGCUGGAGGACCCGUCGAGGCCGGUGCUGCUCGUAAUUGUGUCAUCUGCACCACGCAGCGGGUCUACCUUCCUAGGCGAGAUGAUGUCCAGCCCGCGUCGCUCGACAUUCAUAUUCGAGCCCUUCUGGUUCUACUCGGCCACCAACUCCUCCGAGCACCUGGGCGGCGCGAAUGCGUCGGUCCGCGUUGACCAGGACAUCUACAACCUGCUCACGUGUCGCCUGUCGUCGCUGCCGCCCAUGUUCGCCAGGGAGCACACUCGCUCCUUCAUCUGGAGAAAGCCAAGGCUGCCACGGGGGGCCUCUCUGGACAAACUCACCACUGUCUGUCUGAAGCAGUCGAUGCGCGUCGUCAAGACGAUACGCGUCCGCUUGCACGACGUGCUGCCCCUGCUGGAGGUGGAGGGCCUCAAUGUACACAUCGUGCACUUGGUACGUGACCCGCGAGGUAUCCUCAACUCGAUCCUGCGCCAGAGAAGACAAUGGCCUGAGAGACGGCGAGACCCGGAGUACACCUGCGCCGAUAUGCGGGACGACAUUCGAUCGUGGCGUGACGUCACAAGCUCACGCCUCAGCGUCGUCAGGUAUGAGGAUGUAGCUGCCCAUCCACUGAAAGAGGCCCGUCGAUUGUUUGCCAACAUGAACGUGCCGCUACCCCCGGACGUCCUCAAGUUUAUUGAGAGUCACACUAAAACCUCCGCCAAGCAAAAGAGCAGCAUAACCAAGCGAUCAGACAAGAAGGAUCGGAAGGAUAGUGAGAGAACAAAGUACAGCAGCAAACAAGCCCAUGCACCAGAGAGGCACGCAAACGCCAUCCGCACCCGGCGGAACGUCGCCAUCCAGCGGCAGCCAACCCCACUUGAACUCUUUCGCCGGGACGCCUGGCGACUGCGCCGCAUCACUCUCGACGAGUACAACAAGAUGCAGGCGACGCGCCGCCGCCACACGCCGCUGACCAGCCGCUACUACGGCACGUUCCGCAGCGCCCAGUUCGACGAGCUGCACUGGACGCGCGAGCUGGCGCUCGGCUACCCGCUGCGCUACCCCGGCGAAACGGAGGGCGAGGACGAGGCAGAGCGUCGCGAAGAGGACGAGGCGCGGACCCGUGUGCCAGGCGGCAACGGCUCUGGCAUCCUGGUGGCAACAGGACUGUCAGUGAAAACAGGCGCCGCUCCAUGCAGUCCGGACGUGUCCUUGAGCCGCGACCGGGCGACGGUGGCGCCCUCACCUACGCUCAGGCUUCCGCAACGUAACUAG